UUUGACGGAGGGACACUCCUGUACAUGGACCAUCACUGCGCUGCAAUUCGCCGCCUGCUCUCUCUCUCUCACACACUAACACACACCACGCACGCAUGUAAUGCCUCGGUGAAAUCCGGACGUACACGGAGGAGAAAACACGCAUGUGAAGAUUUUCUUUUUGCAUGUCAGGAGAGGAGGAACUAGUCGCCGGGUCCGCGGCUGUUUGUCUUUUCUUAUCGCUUCUCCCCCCCUAUGUCACUCUAAUUAAUCGGAGGCAUGUGGAAUCGCACCAGGAUUAGGAAUUGCCUCCCAAUAGUGUGCCUGCUGUUGACGUUAUGGACGGAGGUGUCCCAGUCAACCGGCUAUUUCGAGCUGCAGCUGAUCUCCGUGGAGAAUGUAAACGGCGAGUUGGCGGACGGAGAGUGCUGCGACGGCUCCAGGAGCUCCCAGGACCUGCGCUGCACUCGAGACGAGUGCGACACUUACUUCAAGAUCUGCCUGAAGGAGUACCAGACGGAGGUCAACAUCAACGGCGCCUGCUCGUUUGGAUCUGGAUCUACGCAAGUUCUCGGUGGAAAUAUGUUUUCUUUUAAGAGCGCCAAGAAGAACCCAAAUAAAAUCGACGAGACUGGGAAGAUAUUGAUCCCCUUCCAGUUUGCAUGGCCGCGGACGUACACGCUGAUCGUAGAGGCCUUUGACUGGGACAACGGCACACGAAACAAUGAACAGGAGCUUCUGAUUGAGCGCAGCACUCACACCGGUAUGAUCAACCCCGGUGACCCCUGGCAGACCAUUCUUCACGAUGGACCAGUGGCUCGUAUCAUCUAUCGUAUCCGAGUGCGCUGUGAUGAAAACUACUACAGCAGCAAGUGCAACAAGGUGUGUGCGCCCCGGGAUGACUACUUCGGUCACUACCGCUGUGAGGCUUCAGGGGCACAGGUUUGCCUGGACGGAUGGAUGGGCACGGACUGCAGGACAGCUAUCUGCAAGCAGGGUUGCAACCUUUUACAUGGUGGCUGCGCUUCCCCAGGAGAAUGCACGUGUAACUACGGCUGGAAGGGCCAGUUCUGUGAUGAAUGUAUGGUCUAUCCCGGCUGUGUGCACGGCACCUGCAACAUGCCGUGGCAGUGCAACUGUGAGAGGAACUGGGGAGGUCUGCUGUGUGAUAAAGAUCUGAAUUACUGUGGUCGACACCAACCCUGUGUAAAUGGAGGAACCUGCAUGAACACCGAACCAGACGAGUACGCCUGUGUAUGCCCACAAGGAUACUCUGGAGAAACCUGUCAGAUAGCUGACCAUGCCUGUGUAUCCAACCCCUGCGCCAAUGGUGGUACAUGCCAUGAAGUCACUACUGGGUUUGAGUGCCAGUGUCCACCUGGCUGGGAGGGUCCCACCUGUGCUAACAAUUUGGACGAAUGUGCCUCAAGUCCAUGUGCACAGGGAGGAACCUGCGUCGACUUGGAGGAUGGCUUUGAGUGUGUGUGUCCUCCACAGUGGGAGGGGAAGACGUGCCAGAUCGAUGCAAAUGAGUGUGCAGGGAAGCCCUGUGUGAACGCUUACUCUUGCAAAAAUUUGAUUGGCAGCUAUCACUGCGACUGUUUUCGGGGAUGGUCCGGACAAAACUGUGACAUCAACCUCAACGGCUGCCGUGGUCAGUGCAAGAAUGGAGCUACGUGCAAGGAGGACUCGAAGGGUUACCACUGCCUGUGCCCUCCUGGCUUCAUUGGCACUCACUGUGAGAUCCAGAGGAAUAAGUGUGAGAGCAAACCGUGCCAGAACGGAGGAGUGUGUCACGCGGUGUUAGAUGGUUUUGUUUGCCAGUGCCCGCCAGAGUUUGCUGGACAGCUGUGUGAGAUCUCUAGCUGGUCCCCCUCUGAUGCCUGUGAUCCAAACCCCUGUGAAAAUGAUGCAAAAUGUCACAGCAUGGAUCAGGACUUUUACUGCGCCUGUCCUGAAGGCUACGAGGGGAAAACAUGCGAGCAACUCAGAGAGGACUGCCAGACCACACCAUGCCAAGUUAUUGACAGCUGCACUGUUGCUAUAGCAACAAACAACUCCGCUGGUGUGCGACACAUUUCCUCGAACGUCUGCGGCCCUCGAGGACGCUGCAUCAGCCAACCAGCAGGAAACUUCACCUGCGUGUGUGACCCAGGAUUCAGCGGUGUCUACUGUCAUGAGAACAUCAACGACUGCAUCAACAACCCCUGUAAAAACGGAGGGACCUGCAUCGAUGGAAUAAACUCCUUUCAGUGUUUCUGUCCUGACGGCUGGGAGGGUCGACUCUGCGACCUCAAUGUAAAUGAGUGCAGACACAACCCGUGUAAGAACGGUGGGCGUUGCGUGGACCUGUUGAACGACUUCUACUGCGAGUGUGCCAACAACUGGAAGGGCAAGACCUGCCAUUCCCGGGAGAGCCAGUGUGACCCGACAACCUGCAGUAACGGAGGCACCUGUUACGACCAUGGGGACGUCUUUCGCUGCGCCUGCCCACCAGGAUGGGGAGGAAACACAUGCAACACAGCCAAGAACAGCACCUGCGCCUCCAGUCCUUGUUCUAAUGGUGGAACCUGUGUGGGAGGAGGAGACACCUUCACCUGCAUCUGUAAAGAGGGCUGGGAGGGACCCACCUGCGGACAAAAUACAAACGACUGCAACCCUCAUCCCUGUUAUAACGGCGGGAUCUGCGUGGAUGGAGUUAACUGGUUUCGGUGUGAGUGUGCUCCUGGUUUUGCUGGACCUGACUGCAGAAUCAACAUCAAUGAGUGCCAGUCUUCACCCUGUGCCUACGGUGCCACUUGUGUGGACGAAAUCAACGGUUUCCGCUGCAUUUGUCCGCUUGGUAGAACAGGAACUCGAUGCCAAGAGUUCAUCGGUAUUGGGAGAACUUGUCACUAUGCAGGGCUGCAGUUUCCCCACAGCAGCCGCUGGGAGGAAGAGUGCAACAGCUGCCAUUGCAUCAAUGGCAAAGUGGAGUGUACAAAGGUGCUGUGUGGCCGUCGCCCCUGUCGGCUCAAACCAUCAGCCCAGGACCAGAGACAUCAGUCCUGCCCGGCUGGACGAGAGUGUGAGGAGCACAGCUACCUCACCUGCUUCUCUCCCCCUUGCCAUGAGUGGGGGGUUUGUUCCACGGGAGGACGAUCGCUCCCACGAACGACCACAGAGUGCCAGCCAAACAGCGGGCAUUUGGACAACAGCUGUGGCCGGAUAACGCUUGUUUUCAACAGAGACAAAGUACCAAUAGGAACAACAGUGGAGAACAUUUGCUAUGAAUUGAGGUAUCUCCCUGACACCCGAAGCUUGGCGAAAAAACACAGUCUUCUCCUGCUCUGUGACCUCUCUCACUCCAACCAGGAUGCUGUAGAGGUGGCUCUAUCUUUCCAGCCAGAGGAUCUACCAGACCACAGUCUGAUCCAGCAGGCAGCCAGCGCCAUAGUGGGGACCCUGUCCAAGCGACACAACAGUACCAUCAUGCUUGCAGUCAUUGAGGUCAAAGUGGAAACACAAAUCACGUCCCCCUCAGUGGAUUACCUGGUGCCUCUGCUGUGUGCGCUCUUCUGCCUGCUCUGCCUCUUCUGCAUCAUUGUAUGUGUUUGGUGGACGCGCAAACGGAGAAAAGAACGCGAGAGGAAUGUAGGAUCAGCUGCCGACGCCAACGUGAACAACCAGUGGGAGCCACUUCGGCUCAUUGUGGGACGUGAGCAGCAGCAACAGCAGCUGAAAGAAAGCAACAGGGAGGCCGAGCAGGAGCGCAAAAAGCUCAUGGGCCCCACCUGUCGGACGUGUGAUGAUGGGGAGGAGGAGGAGGAGACAGAGGGUGAGCUUGAGCUCGAGGAGGAGUGUGGUGGAGCGGAGGCGGGAAAGCAGCAAGUUUAUAAGUACUCUGAGACUGCAGUGCAGUCCAGUGAGGGAGUGAUCUAUACCCUGCACAGCUCCACUUCACCCCUAAAAGCACCCCACCGGACCCCAGGCUACAGCCCCAAAGACAACCGCUGGAAAAAUGUCAGUGCAGCCUUGACAGGUCAGAAAGACCUCAGAGACCAUUGUGUAUAAGGAAUUUAAACAAAGGACUCGCAAUAUGGAAGCGAGAGAAGCAAGAGAAGCAAGAGAAGCUGCUAGGCAGCGACUAUUCUUAUUUUUGGACUACUUUUGGAAGAAAAAUAGGCUUUGUGUUUUAAUAAGCCAUUCUUUGCUUUGUUUUCAUGUUUUCGUCACUGUCACCUGAAAUGGUUUUUGAUUCAGGAGGCCAGAGUACAGUGAACAUCCUUUUUUUGCUUCUGUUCACUUAUUUUUUUUUUAUGUGUACAGAGGGAGCUGAUAUUAAAAUGUUUGUCAGGAGGCAAAAGGAGCUCUCUGUGAUUUUUGUUUAAGGAAUUGUACCGUUUAAGAAACAGUGAAUCAUGGAAAUGGAGAAAGAGAACAACCUGUAUAAAGAUUUUUGGUUUGCAGAUGAUUAUGAUUUUGUUAAAAUGUCAGCAGGCUCCUGAUCAGUGUCUGUGUGGGGACAGACGCACAUAAAGAGACUGUAAAGGAAGGGUUUUGAGGGAAAAGGACUGUUGCAGCCACAGUAACAGAGGAAACCCUGCCUUUGCUCUGUCUCUUCCACCUGUGGCCGUCAUGCGCCAGCCUUACCAAAACAUUUGGCCUGGAGGGGAGAGGGGACAGAAACCCCAGUGCCUACUAUGUGGCCUUCCAUUUUUUUUCUCUGUCUCUCAGUUGUCUUGGCUGAAAGCUCUGUUUGAGGAUUUUUUUGCAGUAUUUGAGUUGGUAGCAAGUGCCUUUCUAAGAGCCAUGUCGAGGCUUCAAGUCGCGCUGCCCAGUUUGACCUCCUUGUUGUCAAAUCUCAAAGGGAUAUAAGUGUACAUUUAAAGAGUUCAAUUUCACAGCAACGCCAUUCAAGGUAUUUGAUCCAAACAGAAAUGAAUGCUCUGUACAUAUGUGUAAAUACUAAAGGAGUCGCUGUGUAUAUUUGAAAUAAGUAACUUAAAGACAAGUCACACAUUUUUAUUAUUAUUAUUGUUAUUAUUAUUAUUAUUAUUAUUAUUAAUAUUAUUAUUUUUUUUUUUUACAAUGCCAUUCCUUUUAUUUAUGCCAGUCAAAAUAGGCACGUUUUAUAACGCUUCAUAUCCAGAGUCCCAAAGUUAAGGAUCUUUACAAUGAGGUACCACCUAUGAAGGAAUUUCUGAAGGGUUUAAAAAUGGUUUGUCAUCAAGGAUGUAUUUAUAUUUUUUCCACAUAAUUUUGUUCGACUUAUCAAAAGGAUGAUCUUAUUUUACUCAGAUCUUCCCAUACACCACCCAUCACCAGGAGGGUCGGCAAAGCAAUUCUUCCAUUUAUAAUUUUCCCUAAUUUUGCAUGGUGUAACAAUGCAACAUACAAUAUUCAGUCUCUUUUCUUACCUUGAUUUUCGUCAACCAGCAUGCAAAAACUAACAAUUUAACAGAAGUUGGUCUACUGAAAAUAUGACAUUGUUAAUGCUACAAAUAAAUCCAAAUUCCUUUCCACAAAGUAUUCUCUAUUUAAGGUAUCUUUUUAGGAUGAUGCAAAAUGUGUCUUUCAUAAAGGCAUUGCCAAAUGGAGCAGAAACAUUUUAACCUUGUUAUUUUUAAAGGAGAAAGUCAGAACUUUGUAAAAAAAAAUAGGGUAUUAAAGUUAAAUAUACAAUAAACACCUUCUCCAGUCAUGUCAAAGUCAGGGAUAUUCCCAGGUGACAAGUCCAGAAAACAGUCAAGAUUUAGCAAAAUGUAUUUAGAAUUGCAUGCAGGUAACCAUUGUCAUUUGGUUUGCCCAAUGUGGCUACAGCUAGCAGUGCAAGCACCUCCAGCCUUUGGCCCUCCUUGCGGGUUAAUGUCCUUAUGUCUGCACUAAAUGUGGUUAUGCACACAUUCUUCAUUUAACUUUAUCACCAUUUUAUAGAUCAAAAUACUGCAAGAUGUCCUACUGCUAUGAGAUACCCUGCAUUCCCCUUGCUUUUUUACAUCCAGGUAGAAGAGCCAGAGGACAAAGUCCACUAGUCAGGGCUACAGCUUACUGUACAACUCUAGCUAGUUGCAGACAGCUUCAUUACAGUUCCUUCCAGAUGUCGUGCUCCUACCACAUGUUUCUGUUCAUCCAAAUAGUAGAGCUUCAGGAGAAGGUCCACUAGCCAGGGCAAGCAAGCCACAUCUGUGAAUAUUUUUGUGACUGUUUUACAGGUUGGACUAAUACAACUUCAUCUGCAUUUCAUAGAUCAAAAUAAUACCAGAUCGCUGCUCCUACUAGAUAUUCUGCAUUCACUGUGCGUGUUUACAUCCAAGUAGUAGAGCCAGCGGACAAGGCCCACUAAUGCUGGUGUAAAAAUGUUCAAUAAAGUAGCUUAUACACUAAAAACAUCACAAAUAGGGCAUCACCAGAAUGUUAAUAACCUUACCUACUUAGUACUUACUUAAAUGUCAAGUUUUCAUCUAGUAGAAAAUAACACCGUUAUCCACUCUUAAUGUCAUUUACCCAGGUUUUACUUCCUUUCCACUCUUAAGUUACUUUUAUUUUGCUUUUGAUACAUAAAAGUGUUUUUGUUUAAUCUGAAUGAUGUUAAAAAUAAAAAUCCUACAGUACCUUUUGGCAGUUAGUGGUCUAAACCUGCCAACAUUAUAGCCUUAAAAAGUUCCAAACCAUUUCUAAACCCAUCACAAACCCCUUUUGUUUCAGGUGCCUUAAUGUAAUGCAUAAUUUGUUUAAUCAGCGGUCAUCUUUUUUUUUAAGUUGUUGGUUUGUUUUCACUAUUAAGGAAAGUAAGUCUUUAAAACAGUGUGUGGUGUAUAGUGGCGUGUUUUAUUCGCCUGAGUAAAGUGCUCUCCUCGUCUCACUUUGCUAUCAUGGAGAUUUCUCGAAUAAAACACUCGAUGGAGGAUUGGAAAAAAAUACAACAACCAUGGCUCUUUAGAGUGUCAUGAAUGUGGAUGUCAGUAGUAAUAAUGUUUGGUUUCAAGGCUUUAAUGAAGGGAACAAUAUUUGCAGAUGUUUUUUUGCUACCAUGCAGAUGUUUUGGUUUUUUUUAAGUUACCAACUCAGUUCAAAGUAACCCCUUUCAUAUCUUGUCAUUGUCUCAAAACGCCAUCGUAUUUUCUGUAAAUGGGACACCGCAAAAUAAAGAAUUAAAGAAACUGCUGGUGUUUAAAGCUAAAUAUGCAUAUUGUAUACAUUUUAUUCUACAAGGGAUAUGGAGUUGGUUUUAUACAAAGUGCAAAGGUUUCCAUUCUUUAAGUGGAUGUUUCAUUGUUCCAAAUAAUCAUCCCAGUUAUUUAUUAAAGCAGUUUUG